CUUUCUUUCUCCCUACCUUCUUCCACCUUCACACAAAUACUAAUAAUAAUGUUCUUGUUCCUCCAUCCAUCCAUUCCAUCCUUCCUUUCUUUUAUAUUUGCCACAUUGCCCACCUUCCAUUACUCUGCCCCUUUGCUGCUGCUGAGAGCCCAAAAACAAGAUAACAGGGAAGAAAUAAAAUUCUCUUCCCACCAUUGAAGCAAAGCAUUAAGCUUUUUACCUUUUUAAGAUAUUCCCACCCUUCUUUUUUAACUUUCCCCACUCCCCUUCUACCCGUUUUCAGCUUUUGGGUUUCUGUGUUUUUUUUUAAUAGCUCUCAUUGAGAUCUGCUUUCUCUGAACAGAAAGUGGGGAAAAGGAAAAAAUGGGAAUCUUUCAGCGAAAUUGUACUACAAGCUCGACCCAAAAGCUGAGUCCCCACAGUAGCGCUUGCUUAUUCUGCUCUACUAGCAAUUCCUUCUCUUCUGCUUCUACUACCACUUCUUCUUUGUCGUUUUCUUCACCCUCCAUGCCCGCGGAUAAUUACUGCAACUGCAACGCUAGUGUCAAUGAGAUCGAUACCUCAAAGACCCUUUUGACGAAGAUGGUGUGGCACUUCGGCUUGUCCUGUUUCCUCCCCAGCAGCGAGCUGGAGAAGAAGAAUGGCGAAGGAGGAGGAGGAGAGAAGAGUAAGGUGAAUUUGGAAAACAACAAGGCUUGGCUUCUCGCCGAAUCAGGCGGCGGCGGCGGCGAAUUGGCGAAUGCUGAACCCCAGUCGGUUCACUCUUCCUUCAGGUUCAGCUUCUGCUCUCAGGUCGAGCUGGAAUCGAUGAACAUCAACUCCUCCGCGACUUCAUCGGCGACGGUUCUGAUGGUGAAUCUGGAAAAUGGGUUGAGCGAUUCUCGGGGUAAGGAGCUGGGAUGGAGGCGAAUUCAGUCGCUGGAGAGGAGUAUUUCCCCUGUGGCGAAUUCCUUGAUUCGGUUUCACUACAGUGAUAUUCUCGCCGCCACCAGCAAUUUCUCCCAAGGUAAAGUUUUGGGAAGGGGAGCUAUGAGCUUUGUCUUCAGGGGAAGGGUUGGGAUUAUGCGGACUUGUGUGGCUAUUAAGAGGCUGGAUAAGGAGGACAAAGAAUCUUCCAAGGCGUUCUGUAGAGAGCUGAUGAUUGCAAGCUCUCUUCACCAUCAGAACAUUGUGCCUCUUGUGGGUUUCUGUAUUGAUCCGCAGGAAGGCUUGUUCUUGGUCUACAAGUACGUUUCUAGUGGCAGCUUGGAUCGCCAUUUGCAUGAGAAGAAGAAGAACAAGAAGAAGAGAGGACUGAAUGGUAACUCAACGCUUGCGUGGUCUGUGAGGUACAAGGUUGCCCUUGGAGUUGCAGAAGCAAUUGCAUAUUUGCACAAUGGGACUGAGAGAUGUGUUGUGCACAGAGAUAUUAAGCCUUCAAACAUACUCCUUUCUUCCAAGAAAAUCCCCAAGGUGUGUGAUUUCGGAUUGGCUACCUGGACUUCCUCACCUUGUGUCCCUUUCCUGUGCAAGACUGUCAAGGGAACAUUUGGUUACUUGGCUCCAGAGUAUUUCCAGCAUGGCAAGGUAUCAGAUAAGACUGAUGUAUAUGCUUUUGGGGUGGUCCUCCUGGAGCUAAUUACAGGAAGGAAACCCAUUGAAGCUAGACGCCCUCCAGGGGAAGAGAAUUUGGUCUUAUGGGCCAAACCCUUGCUGGACAAAGGGAAAGGAGCGAUCGAAGAGUUGCUCGACCCGCGAAUUACUUGCACCUUAAGGAACAGAUCGCAAAUAACCCAGAUGAUCCAUGCAGCUGCCGCCUGCGUGAGCAGCGAGGAAUCUCGCAGGCCCCGGAUAGACGAGAUCUUAGCCAUACUGAGAGGAGAUGAAGAGCUUGCAGCAUCAGCAGCAGUAGUUCCACUGUUGUCUAGCAGUAGCAGGAAGAAGUUCAACUUGGCAGGAGGGAUUAUAGAUUGCUACCCACAACUCCAGCAGACUAACGACAACAACAGUGAGAUGAAGAGUCAUUUGGCAUUGGCAAUGCUUGGAGUUUCGGAGCUUGAAGAAGACGACCACCUCUACCGUCGGUGAGGUAUAAUCCAACAAGAAAGCGUGCAAGACUUACUACUGACUCUUUUGUUGUUAUUCCCUCUUCGUUUUUGUUUGUUUCGAAUAAUAGUUUUGAGGGUUCCUGGCCUUGUUGUCCAGUUGUGGGGACUGUGAUUCUUUUUGGUUGGUUGCUUUGAGGAGGGAAGGUAAAGAGUUGAGAAGAAAGAGAUUUCAAAGCAAAAGUGUAAAUAGGAUGGAUAAUAGGCAAGUGUGUGUGUAAAUAUACUAUUCUUCUAUUCUUGCCUUUCCCCCUUUCUCAUUGCUUGGGAUUUGGGAAAAAGUGCAUUAUGUUCUCACUUUGUUGAGCAAGUUUGGCUUAAUAGACACCUUUGAUUUGGCCUUUUUGUCAAGGGAUAUUUUACUUAAAAAGAGAAACGUUCACCAUGAUAAAUAAGAUCUAGAAUACUGAUUCAAUUGUUUG